AAAUGGCGACCCUGGCAUCACCGGCCUCAUGCCCGUUUCCAUCAUGGCGGCGGCCGGACCCGCCUCCCUGGGCGCAGGAGUCAUGUGACCCACACAAUGGCUGAGCGCCUAGUCGAGGCCUCCCGGCAACGCCGAGUGAAAGUCAUGACGGCCGCCGCGGGUUCGGCGGGCCGCGUCGCGGUGCCCCUGCUGCUGUGCACGCUCCUGGUGCCCAGCCGCACGUACGUGCUCGACGACUCCGACGGGCUGGGCCGGGAGUUCGACGGCAUCGGCGCGGUCAGCGGAGGCGGGGCAACCUCCCGACUUCUAGUAAAUUACCCAGAGCCCUAUCGUUCUCAAAUACUGGAUUAUCUUUUUAAGCCAUACUUCGGUGCCUCAUUGCAUAUUCUAAAAGUUGAAAUAGGUGGUGAUGGGCAGACCACAGAUGGCACUGAACCUUCCCACAUGCACUAUGCACUAGAUGAGAAUUACUAUCGAGGAUAUGAGUGGUGGUUAAUGAAGGAAGCUAAGAAGAGAAACCCUAAUAUUACACUCAUUGGGUUACCAUGGUCGUUCCCUGGAUGGCUGGGAAAAGGUUUCAACUGGCCUUACAUAAAUCUUCAGCUGACUGCCUACUAUAUCGUGACCUGGAUUAUGGGUGCCAAGCAUUAUCAUGAUUUGGACAUUGAUUAUGUUGGAAUUUGGAAUGAGAGGUCAUAUGAUACCAAUUAUAUCAAGGUGUUAAGAAAAAUGCUGAACUAUCAAGGUCUCCAUCGAGUGAAAAUCAUAGCAAGUGAUAAUCUCUGGGAGCCUAUUUCUGCUUCCAUGCUGCUUGAUGCUGACCUCUUAAAGGCAAUUGAUGUUAUAGGGGCUCAUUAUCCUGGAACCCAUUCAAUAAGGGAUGCGAAGUUGACUGCAAAGAAGCUUUGGGCUUCUGAAGAUUUUAGCACUUUAAAUAGUGACAUGGGUGCAGGCUGCUGGGGUCGUAUAUUGAAUCAGAAUUAUGUCAAUGGCUAUAUGACUUCCACAAUUGCUUGGAAUUUGGUGGCUAGUUACUAUGAACAGUUGCCAUAUGGGCGAUGUAGCUUGAUGACUGCCCAGGAGCCAUGGAGUGGGCACUAUGAAGUAGCAUCUCCUGUCUGGGUAACAGCUCAUACCACUCAGUUUACUCAACCAGGUUGGUAUUACCUGAAGACAGUUGGCCAUUUAGAGAAAGGAGGAAGCUACGUAGCUCUGACUGAUGGCUUAGGCAACCUCACUAUCAUCAUUGAAACUAUGAGUCAUAAACAUUCUAUGUGUAUACGGCCAUAUCUUCCUUAUUUCAAUGUGUCACAACAAUUUGCUACCUUUGUACUUAAGGGAUCUUUUAGUGAAAUACAGGAGCUACAGGUGUGGUAUACCAAACUUGGAAACCCAUCUGAAAGAUUUCUUUUUAAGCAACUGGAUUCUCUAUGGCUGCUUGACAGUGGAGGCAUUUUCACCCUGGAAUUGCAAGAGGAUGAGCUGUUCACGAUCACCACUCUCACCACAGGUCUCAAAGGCAGCUACCCACUUCCCCCCAAGUCCCGGCCCUUCCCGAGUACCUAUCGGGAUGAUUUCAAUGUUGAUUACCCAUAUUUUAGUGAAGCUCCAAAUUUUGCUGAUCAGACUGGUGUAUUUGAAUACUUUAUGAAUAUCGAAGAUACUGGCGAGCAUCGCUUCACACUCCGGCAAGUUCUUAAUCAACGACCCGUCACGUGGGCUGCUGACGCAUCCAACACGAUCAGUAUUAUUGGAGAUUACACAUGGACCAAUUUGACUAUAAUGUGUGACGUUUACAUAGAGACCCCUGACACGGGAGGUGUGUUCAUUGCAGGAAGAGUAAAUAAAGGUGGUAUUUGGAUUAGAAGUGCCAGAGGAAUUUUCUUUUGGAUUUUUGCAAAUGGCUCUUACAGAGUUACAGGUGAUCUCGCAGGAUGGAUCAUAUAUGCUUUAGGACGUGUUGAAGUGACAGCAAAAAAAUGGUAUACUCUCACGUUAACUAUUAAGGGUCGUUUAGCCUCUGGUAUGUUGAAUGGCAAGUUCCUGUGGACAGACAUCCCUGUGAAUUUCCCGAAGAAUGGCUGGGCUGCUAUUGGAACUUACUCCUUUGAAUUUGCGCAGUUUGACAACUUUCAUGUGGACGCCGCACACUAAUAGUUGCAGCACAUCUUAGAACACUGUUUGGAUUUUCUUCCUUUCUUUUUGAUUUUGGUUCAAAGCCAAUUCUUGUUUUGAUGGGCCAAUAUAAGAGCCUUUGGAGGCUAAAAAUAAUGAAGAGUAAGUAGGGAGAAAAUUAUAUAUUUGCUUGAUCCUGUAGAAGAUUUUAUUAGAACUAAUUCCAGAGGGAAAACAGGCGAAUCUGUAACACUACCUGGUGUGUUGUUCCCUAACAUUCAAACUGUACGUCACUCCUACCCAUAGGAGUGGUUUGAGUGGGUCAGAUGUUGAAGCCUCGGUGCUAAUACUGAGGUCACUGUCUUCAUCUUAUUUGCAAGUGAUCAUGCAGAUGGCAGUAACUUGACUGUCACCGAGAUGUGUUUAUGAAUGCUGGCCUUGUGCGUCAGUGAGCCAAUGUCCUCAUCAGAAGAUGAUGUUGCCAUAAUAGGAGCCGAAGGACACUGGAAGUAGCUUUUUGAAGACCACUACGACAUGACAUGUUAUCCUUAUACUCUAAAAAGUAUUUUUUUUUCUUUUCCUUUUUAAGAUGAUGCUUUUGAAUUGCAUAAUAUGGUGAGUGGGGUGAUUUUUUAAAAAUGCCUCAUUAAUAAACUACCCCUAAAACUAUUUCUGCAGCAAUAAUAUUAGCAGAUUAACUGGGUUAUUUGCAUUCUUUAAUUCUUUAGAUUCCAACUUUUAGUCAUAUAACCCUUCUAACCCUGUGAAUGAUCUCCCAGGUGGCAGAUGAAGGGAGAAAAACCUAUAAAGCCAAUGCUGUGAGUGAGUCUAGAGACAAAGCUGUAACAGUUUCCGGUGUCUUAUUUCACUGUACCUUUUGUGGUCUAGCCUCACAGGUGGCACUGGUAACAGACUAAAACAGCCAGUGAACGCUUUUGUCUCAUGUGUGGAAGGAAAACGCUUAGCCUUUUGCUAGCUCACGGAAUUGGAUCAUUUAAUGUUUUGUAUGGUUAAAUGAGCUUAUUUUUUAAAAGUCCAAAUGUGUCGGACUUUUUAUAUUUAAUGUAAAUAUGGGUGAGCACUUUUCUCAUGUAAGUAUGAUUUAUGUCUAAGCAUUAAUGUAGCUCUAAGAAGCAAAUCAGUUAUUCAUGGAGGUAAAGUAAAUUCUGAAAUUCUUUGUAAGGAAAUAAUUAUUCAUUAAACUAAUUCUAUAUAGGAAUUGGUAAGGGUCUAACAUAGGCUUAGUUACAAUGAAGUUUCACAUUACUUUUGAAGAUAAGAGACUAAUUACUAGAAUAAAUCAGAUUACAGAGAAAAUUUUAAAAUUAAAACCGAGUCUGUGAUUUUCAGUUCAUAUUUUAAGUAUUCUUUAAAUUAUUAUAGAGGUAUUAAUGUAAUUUAUAUAUGCUGAAAUGUUCCUAUUUUAAGUAUACAAUUUAGUGAAUUUUUAUCAAUGGAUAUACCCGUGUAACCAACACUCUAAUCACACUAUUGAAUAUUUCCCUCACCCCAGGAAGUUCUCUUGUAUACGUGUGCAGUCAAUUCCUCUCACUCCCAAUCUCAGGCAACCAUUGAUAUGAUUUCUAUCACUAUUGAUUAGUUUUCUUUAUUCCAGAACAUCAUAAAAGUGGCAUCAUAUACUAUGUACUCUUGUGAAUGAUUUCUUUCAGUCAGUGUAAUACUUUUGAGAUUUGUCCAUGUUGUGUUUAUCAGUGGUUUGCUCUUUCUUAUUUCUGAAGAAUAGUUCAUUACGUGAAUAUACCGCAAUUUGUUUUUUCCUCCACUUUCCAAUAUUAAAAAUAAAACUACCUACAUUUACAACAAA